AUGUUUUCAAUUGUAUAUUUUAUUUCAUUAAUUGUUUGUCAAACUAUUUUAGAAACUGAAACUUCAUUCAUUGAUAAAUUAUAUGGUGAAUUAGUAUAUGACAAUUAUAUACAAGGUAAUUUACCACGAGGAUUUUCAAAAAAUAAUGAUAAUCCAUUAAUUAAAUCGACAAAUGAUCAAAUUUAUCCUGAUUUAUAUUAUGAAACUAUUUUUAAUACAUAUUUAAAUUAUAGAAAAAGGGUAAAUUAUCCAGAUAAAGAUGAUACGUCUGAUAUUUCAAUUGAUCAGAAUAUGUUUGGUGGAAUUUUAACAUAUGCACAUUUAAAUCAUUUUAAUUGUUUUAAUCCAACACUUUAUUCUAAUAAUAUAGAUAUAGCAAUAGUUGGAGCACCAUUUGAUACAGGAGUUAGUUAUAGACCCGGAGCAAGAUUUGGACCAAAUUCAAUUAGAGAUUCAGCAAAAAGAUUAGGAUCAUCAUGGAAAUCCAAUAAAAAGAAAAAAAAUGGAUAUAUAAUUGAUCCAUACGAUGAAUCAACUCAUAAUUUUACAAUAAUAGAUUGUGGGGAUAUUGCGAUGAUUCCAUUUGAUAAUAGAAUAGCAUUAAAUCAAUUAUAUAGAGGUCAAAGAUCAAUUUUUAAACAUAAAAGUUUACAAUUUAAAAAUCAAUUACCAAAAUUUAUUACAAUGGGAGGAGAUCAUACAAUUUCAUUAAUGAAUUUAAAGAAUUUAAAUGAACAAUUUCAAAAAAAAAUUAGAAUAUUUCAUUUUGAUUCUCAUAUAGAUACAUGGGAUCCUAAAAAAUUAGGAGGUGGAAUUACAAAUUAUAUGAGUUUAAAUCAUGGAACAUUUUUACAUUAUGCUCAUGAAUUAGGUUAUAUAGAAGAUGAAAAUAAUUAUCAUAUAGGAAUAAGAGCACCAUAUAUAGAUUCAAAAUAUGAUAAAUUACAUGAUUCAGAAUGUGGAUUUCAUAUAAUAAAAGCCAAUGAUAUUGAUAAAGUAGGAAUCAAAGGUAUUAUACAAGAUUUAAAAAAUGUAACCACUAAAGAAGAUUUAGUGUAUAUAAGUGUUGAUAUUGAUGUUUUAGAUCCUGCUUAUGCACCAGGAACAGGUACAAUGGAGACAGGUGGAUUUACUACAAGAGAAUUAAUUAGUAUAUUAGAUGGAUUAAAAGGAAGUAUAAAUUUAAUAGGAGCUGAUGUUGUUGAAGUUAGUCCUCCAUUUGAUUCGAAUUCCGGAAUUACUAGUUUGGCAGCUACGGCGGUGAUUGAUUCAUUUUUAAAGAUAAUGAUGGACUAA